AUGACUUCCGAAACAAAUCCAAACACAACUCAACCCAACCCUAAUACAUCUGAAACCAGUAACACCACUGAGUCGUCUGGCCCCAACACAACCUUAAAAACUACAGAUCCUCGUUCUCCUUUUUAUCUCUCCCCACCAGGCGUUCUUCUCACCAACAUAUUGCUACGCGGUGACUCAAAUUAUGACACAUGGAGCAGGGCCAUGAAAAACGCGUUUGAUGCCAAAAACAAGUUGGGGUUUGUCCUUGGUUCCAUCCACGCUCCUUCCGACGUUAUUUCUGAUGAAGGUCAGGCUUGGAGAAUGUGUAACUCCAUGAUAUCUGGAUGGAUUCACAAUACUAUCGACCCACAACUACGUCAUUUCAUCAAAUAUUUUCCAACUGCUAAACAACUUUGGGAUGAUCUCAAGGAUAAGUAUUCUGUGGCCAACAUUCCACGUAUCUAUCAACUCAAAAGUCUCCUUCCCAACAUCAAACAACAAGGUUCUUCCAUCAGUUCAUACUACACACGCCUUCGUGCCAUUUGGGAUGAACUUGAGGAACACUACACAUCUGACCCGUGCUCAAAUGGGGAUCAAUGUCCUGUUACUAAGCUUCUUAACAGUAUUAUCACCAACGAUCAAGUGUAUCAGUUUCUCAUGGGUCUUGAUGAAGCAACUUUUGGUAUCAUCCGCUCCCAAAUCCUUAACACCAAUCCAUUACCUUCCUUAAAUCGCGUAUAUUCAAUGUGUAAGACCUCAUUCUAG